GAAAUGAUGGAAGAAGUGGAGGUGAGGGCAGCGCAUAACGUGCUGGAGGCGUGUGCUCAAACUCAAACCAUACACAAGGUCGUCUUUACGUCUUCCGUCACGGCUGUUGUCUGGGGGCAACAUCGUAAUUCCUCAUCCCUCUCUCAUUUGGAUGAGCGCUUCUGGAGCGAUCCCCACUUUUGCCGCAAAUUUAAAUUAUGGCACGGCCUGUCGAAGACGCUAGCGGAGAAGACCGCGUGGGCAUUGGCAAUGGACAGAGGAGUCAACAUGGUGUCCGUCAAAGCAGGGCUGUUGGUGGGCCCCGAUUUGACCAUCGAUAAUCCGUAUUUAAAAGGAGCGGCCGAGAUGUACGAGAGAGGAUUAUUUGUCACCGUUGAUUUGAGUUACUUGGUGGAGGCCCACAUUUGCGUCUUCCAAGAUGCCUCAUCCUACGGCCGUUACAUAUGUUUCAAUAACAUCAUCAAUACACAUGAGGACGCAGUCGACCUGGCCCGCAAAUUGACAUCUUUGCCCCAAAGUGAAGGAGAACCGUCUACGAGCGUGGUUCCACAGAGGAUAAGCAACAAGAAAUUGAGCAAAUUGUUAAUGAGUUUUAAGGAAGAAGUUCAAAUAGAUUGAAGGAUGGUUACUGAUUUAUCUACAUUUUAACAAAAUUUAAUGUAUGCCCAAAUAUCAUAUGCAGUCUUCAAUGAUGCAAAUAAUAUA